AUGAAUCAACUUUUAUAUUUUAAUGAUAUACAGGAGAUGUAAUUUUAUGCUAAAAGAAAUCAGCUGUCAUUGUUCGUUUACAAGAAGGCAAUUUAUGAUCUGACCGAUUUCAUCUCACUGCAUCCUGGAGGUCAAAUGGAAAUUCAAUAAUUUGAAAAUUAAGACGUCUCUAAUAUUUUAUUUCAAAAAUCUAUUCAUAAGCACAAACCAUAUAUAAUUGCAACAUUAUAAAACUACUUAAUCGGAUACAUAGAAAAGCGUAAUGAGCCAGUAAUUCGACUAAAAUCAUCCCAGUUAAUUAUUGAGAAAACUAGAAAAGUGUUACGUGAAAGUACAACACCUUAAUAGUAAUGCGAGGAUAUCCCUGAGGAUUGUUCAAUUGAAGAGAUGCCAAUUCUUCAAACAAAUAAAAAAUUAUUUCAUUCAUAAAAAUCAAUCUAGAUUUAGAAGUGA